CGGCGACUUGGGCACGGCCGGGGGGAUGCUGCUGGACCUGGCCGUCAAGCGCCCCGUGGUCAGGUCGAAAAUCAAGUUCACCACUGGCACCUGUAACGAUGCUACGGUGCAUAGCUGCGAGCUGUGCGGGAAAGGCUUUCGCUUGCAGCGGAUGCUCAACCGUCACAUCAAGUGUCACAGCCAGGUGAAGAGACACUUGUGCACCUUCUGUGGAAAAGGCUUCAAUGACACCUUUGAUUUAAAAAGACAUGUCCGGACCCAUACCGGAAUUCGCCCUUACAAAUGCGAGGUUUGCAACAAAGCCUUCACCCAGCGCUGCUCCCUGGAGUCCCACCUCAAGAAGAUUCACGGCGUGCAGCAGCAAUACGCCUACAAACAGAGGCGAGAUAAACUGUACGUGUGCGAAGACUGCGGCUACACAGGCCCCACGCAGGAGGACCUGUACCUGCACGUUAGCAAUGUUCACCCCGGAAGCGCUUUCCUGAAAAAAACCUCAAAAAAACUUGCAGCGGUUUUGCAAAACAAACUGAGCCCUGUCCUGCAGAGGAACUCCAAAGAUGACGACAAAGAUGAGUAACACGGUGGAUUACAGUGGUCUAAAGGAAAGAAGUUUACAUGUAGGACCAUAUAUAUAUAUAUAUAUAUUAUUUUUUUUAAAAACAAUUUUGAAAGAAAUCCCUG